AUACAACGAAGAACACCGUGCAAGAUUAAGAUGCUAGCGAGUGGCGGUGAUUCGUUGAAUAUAUCGUUAAUACUGAUUCUAGCCACUAUUUUUUUAUUAUGUGCAAAUCUCUAUCACACUUCGAUAAAAUUGUUCCAAAAAAUGCUAAUAUUAGUACUCAAUCCUCUACUUCUAAACGCUGCUUUCAGUAUUGUUUAAAAUCCCUGGUUACUAUCGAAUGACCACAAAGAAAGAAAGGCAUACGACUUUUUGUAAACUCUACCGUAUCGUUACAAACGACGCAGUAAUUUACGAGGUGCAAAACAACCCAACAAAGCUUUAGCGUGAAUUAUCUAAUAAUGCAUUAACACUCUGUAGCGGGGUAAUCGAGAUAACGUUUUUAGUCCGUCGUAGUACACACACACACCAUGGCGAAAUGUGAUAAACGAUACAACAAAAAUUCGUAGCAAAAGAAGGCGUAUCAUCUGGCGUCUCGUAUUUUAUUCGCAAGUUUUGCCAUAUUUUCAAUAAUAAUGGUCCAUUGUCCGGACGCUUACCCAUGAUCGAUGCGUUUGUGUAGAACCAAUUUGGUAGUGUAGAACAAAACGAAUAUUAGGGAGUCGAUUUAAUAAUUCCUAGUCAAGAUUACAUGUAUCGUAAAAGAAACAAAAGCCUACACUGCUGUAUAAUGUUAUUGUUUCAAGCAUAGCUAUCCUACUUUAUGUAGUGCAUUUUAGAUUUCUUUGUUUUUAAAAAAAUGAUAUUCAGCUAAGCGUUUAGGUAGAAUUUUCCACCCUGCCUUGCUGCUGCGAUGUUACUUGAUUUAAGUGCCUCGCUUGAUUACCAAGCCAAACGAUAAUGUCAUUAUAUCUUUUUUGGUUUUGUUUUGCGAGCCCAUAAUGUUUUCUAAGCCUUCUUUUUAUAGCCAUUUUUUUAACAUUAAUCUUUCAGUCUAAGAGCCUGAUCGACCAAAAUUGAUCCAUCUGUCAUUUAAAUUUCCCAAAAAUGUUUAUCAACACAUUUUUCGUUCUCAUCGUUUUAAAAUGUCCCCAUUGCAGGCUGUGCACAAGAGAGUAAAAAAGCUUUAGCUUCUUCGAGCAAAUCAUAGCAUAACUUUCAUGACCAACACAUACCACGACGGCACACAACUUGGAAUGGUUUGCGAAAGUUCCAACGCAAUUCGAAAGGUAGCAUAAUUUGAUAGGUAAUCGGUGCAUCAUUGUGUAUUGAAACAAUUAAAAUUGAAAGAUUUGCAAACAAUCUGAAUGGUUUGCAAAUUUUUAUUUGUUUACAAAUUUAAAUCUUAGAUCACAUCUACGCGUGUGCUUACACUGCACUUUCUUAGCAAACAAUAGAUCGAGCCAGGAAACAUAGUAAUAGUAAAUCAAACCAAGCACAGUUAUGUAAAGACAGAUUGGAUGUUUUGCAGCACGCGUCCAUAUUUUGAAACGUUUAGCUUGGUACAAUUUUAAAGACCAAAUAGGUUGCAAUAAGCUACAGAUAAUUAUUAAUUUGCUAAAAAUCUGUGUAUAAUCAUUCUUUAGGUGCAGUUUUUCGGUUUGUCGGUUGAAUUUGUUAAUUGACGAUGCAUGCACAGGUAUAAUGCACGCAGUACUGUUCUUGCGCGUUCCGUGAGCUUCAAUUGCUACAUAUUAGUCAAGCUAAAUAAACCCAAUAAAGAAAAUAGUUAAAUAUAAAUCGACAACAAAAAUGUCUUGGUAAUAUUGCUUUAAAUAAUGUAACGGUGGAAUCAAUUUACCCGUUUUGAAUACAGCCUGCCAGAUUGCAUUCAGCUUGCACAAAUUCACCAAUAACUUGUCCACGAACAUUUUUAAUACAAAAUGUAGCUAAUUCAAACUGAUUUCUUUUCAAUAAUUCUCACAAGAUGUCCACAUCUAUUUCGCUUAUUUUGAUACUGCCACAGUUUAUGUUUUUUUUUUCAUUUUUCAUUCGUUCGUACCUCUCUGGGGGGGGUGUGUGUUCGCCAAAUGCUCUAAGGUAUGGUUGUUUUUCAAAAGUGUGGUAAUUAAACAUAGAAAUACAUAGAGAUAACGAAUAUCGAGCAAAAGAGAACAGAAAAACCUAGGUCGUUCCUGAGAAAAAAAAAGAUUUUAUAUUAAUAAGGUUACGUUUAAGCUAUAUAGACAACCAAUUACAGUUCACAAUUCACGAGUAUAUGUACCGCCUGGCUAAACGUUCAACGCCCACCUUUCCGGACAUUAACUGCGCGUUUCUACGAGAUCGUACCAUCAAACAGCUGAUUAAGGAACCAAACUGUAAGCCUAAUGUGUGCAUGUUUACUCCAAACCGAACAUCGUGUAGUAUGUGUCAUGAUGACGAACAAAUUAAGGCGUAUUGCUUUUCGUUCGUGCACUGCACCAAAGAGUGCGACGUUCUUGGAAAUAGAACAUCACAGUACCGAAACAGUGCAACAUGUUAGUAAAGAGACAUGUUGGUAUAAUCUUUAAAAAAACAGCGAUUAAGUUUCGUAUGCUUCAGUUCCGGUUUCAGAAAUCGGGUAUUCAUAUUACUAGCUUGUGGUCCAACUGAAUAGAAAGGAUAAAAAUGGCUAUGAUUGCGGUGCCACAAGUAAUAGUAACCCUAACACUCGAUUCACGAACCAAAUGUUGAUAUUUCUUUCUAAGUAGUACAUUUCAAUAAGGAAGGCAUAAACACUCAGUACGUACCAUACCCGGACGAAAUCGACUCAGCCGCGUGUGUUGACACUCAGAGAAAAACAAAAAAAUAAUUCACGUGAUAGUUGCACUGAUCGGACGUGUGCAGUUGAUACAGUACACCGAAUCCAGUAAAGCAUUUCCCAUCUACUACUAGUAGGGAUGGAUCUUGCUAGCAAGAGAAGAAGCAUCGAGUAGCAAAUCUCUAGCAAAGCAAAAAAGAACAGUUUUUCGAAGUAGCCUUAACGUUUGCAUUGUAAAAAAGUAACAAACAUAACAUUAAAAUCCUAAUAAGUGAUGAUGUAAGCAUAACGUUACGAUAAACAAAUAGCCACUGUGAGCCAGUUAAUAAAAAACCCACACUAAAGUCACAAACCAUAUAAAUAUGUAUUGAUUAAAACAAAGCGUUCAAAUAUUGAACGCAAAGAAUUAACAAAUAAUGGUGUGUAAAAAACCUAACACAUCUACCUUUUUUAUUUUUAGCUGAAACAAACAAAAUUAAACAAAACACUAAACAAAAUGAAUUAGCUGUUAAAAAAUCUCAAAUUUUAAAAGCAUAUACACCAUUUUUAACACAUUUAUUAAGUAGUUUGUACCGCUAGGAGAGAAAAUAAAAACAUUGCAAGCGAGCAUACAUGCUACGGGAAGAACGAUGUAACGUUUUGCUCAGCUCUCAACCUUGAACAACAUAAGCACAUAGAACACGAAAACAUCUAUCAAAAGGAUAUAAAACUUGAUCGUGCGUUUGCUCCUAAAUCUUCAUGUCGAUAAUUGUUGCAAGUGUGGUGUAUAAGCUAUAAUGGAAGUUGUUAUCCCUUUAUCCUGUUUCAACCAGCUUUUCAGUUGUAUAACCUUAAACAGUUACUUCCUUCGACCGUGAACAAGCAGACUUCGUGCUCUUGUACUGAUUGGUGUUUGUGGUGCAAGUCUAUGUGAUUGGUGUUUGCGAAAAAGAAUGAAAAUUAACAAAACACACUACACCAUUGAAGCUAACAGUUGCGCAAACUGCAAUCGUCAACGAUUUUAACCAACUUUGAAUUUCUAGCUUACUCGUGUUACCAAACAUCGUGUUAUUACGCCAAUUGGGACUGUUUCCUCACCAUUUACUCCCUAACCUAACCUACCUUACAAACCUACCUAACGAUCGUUAUACUCUAUAUCUCUACAUACAUUACAUAACUAUCUUUAUACACACCUAUACCCCGUUUUCCGAGUUAAACUUCUUCUGACAAACAUUAGCAUAGCAAACACCAUCUGUAACUGUAAUGGGCGAUGGAUGGCGAAGAAACGACAACUGACAUUCAAGCAACACCACUGUAAAACCAAAACCAUAGCACUAGUUCACAUUGAUACAGUAAAACAUUGGUCUCAUACAAAAAAAUACCAACAUCAUCUCCUAACAAGUCCUCAUAAAUGUGAAGGAAGAUGGAGGACAUCCAACAUAAAAUAGAGGGGGAAAAAACAUAUUUAUAUACACCCAGCGCAUCAAACGAUCGCACCAAAGGUGAUUUCUGAAAAGUGCAUCAUCAUAUUCAUCAUCCCCCAAACAGCUCUACCCAAAAUGCUCCGUAUGCAAAGUGUAGGCGCCAAUCAAAUUAAACGGUCCAUUAAACGGAAAAGGUAGACGAACGGCCACUUACCCGUGUGAAUCGAAUGCCAAAACGAAACAAGCAUAACGAAGCGGAAUAGCAUAAACAUUACACUCGAGGAAGCUCCCUCCCUCCCUAACUUAAUGCCGAUGAAGGAAUCGAAAUGACCAAUUUCUAACGACGGAACACUGUAGCGAUUGUAGUAGAAGCAGAAGUAGGAAGAAACGUUUGAUAAAUAUACAUCUAUGUAUAGCGUAACUUUUGGAUUCAAAUAUUUGCCUUUUAUUCUGAUUGGUAGCGAAAUUUCUCUUUCUUUCCUCUGCGUUAGGUUUAGUGCGUACUAGUUUAGUUACCUGGCGCGCUAGAUAGUGCGCCAGAGGGACCGAUGGUUGCGUAGCUUGUUCAUUCACUUUUAUAGGAGUUUUGAACAUUAAAAAAAAACAAUGGUUUUGUGGGCUGCCGUAUUAUCUGUUUCCGAAACUGCAGCAACGACACGCACACAAAACUAUAACCAAAACAUCCGUAAGAUCGUUAGAAACGUUAAUACUAAAUGGCGGUUUACUGACUUGUUAAAGUUUGAAACCCCGAUUGAGUCAAAGUCGGAAGGCAAUGUAAACUACUCAACUCCAAAAAGUGGUAGCAAUGCGGCAUACCGUUACACUCGAAGAUGGAUUCAAAUAUAGCAACAACAAAAAUAAAGACAGCUCUAGGUAAUAGUAUAUUAAACAAUAAAAAAUCAAGCAAAAAACCAGUUCGUAAACCAAAUCACACUUGCAUAAAUGUAGAUUUAGUGUCAAAAAAAUCCAGUCUAAUUAAAGCCUAAAUAACAGCAACAUAAAAUCCAACGCAUUAUCGAUAGAUACUAGGUGAUGGUGAUUGUUUGAUAUUUCUUAUGUUUUUAUAUCAGUUUCAACUGAAUACACUGUAGCACUUUAAUUGAUAACGGUUAACAGUACGUACUAUAGGAAAGUGUCAAACACUGUUCAAUAAUAAAAUAGUCACAUUUAUCUAAAGGAGGUAGGAAUCAAACACGCCAUCCCCCAUCCAAAAUAGUAGUUGUACAAUGAAAAGAAAAAUCCAUCAGUCAUAAACAAGAGAAGAUGCAGCAGCAAUAGCGGCAAACUUAAAAAUAUAUCAAUAAAUGUAGAACAAAAAAACACAAACGCGAUGAAGAAAUGACAAAACAUCGAUCGAUCCAACAAUAUUCAUAGUAGUGAAGUUAGGUGUCUUAAUUUCAUGAGUUGGCUUAAUUUUCUAGAUUCUAUUCACGUUCUUUCUUCUUUCGUUGUCAGAUUCUAGUGAGAAUAUAUUUAAUGAUCUUUAUUGCCUACUGUAUAUAUUGUUAAAUAGUUCUAAUAAAAAGAAAUCUAAAUAAAUUAUUACAAAAUUUAAAUAGA